AUGGCUGCUUUACAUCCUUUUGAUCCAAUCACUGAAGCUGAAAUCAGACUAGCUACAAAGUUAGUCAAAGACUUGAACGGUAGUAACUAUGUUCAUUUCACCCAACUUGAUAGAGUUGAUCCUCCAAAGAAAGAAACCUUGAAAUAUUUAGAUAUUGAAAGAUAUGGUGGUGGUGAAUUACCAGAUAUCCCAAGAAGAGUUUAUGCUUACUAUUAUCUAAAUGAUCAAAUGCCAGUUUACAAGGCAUUGGUUAAUGUUUCAUAUGGUCAUAUUAUCACUAAUCAAGCUAUUGGUGACGGUGCUUGUGGUCCUCAAUUACCAGAUGACUUAAAAGAUAUGGAAGCUGUCUUGUAUGACCAUCCAGCAGUUCAAGCAGAAAUUAAAAAAUUGAGAUUACCAAGUCAUAUUCACGUCUGUUGUGAUACAUGGAUGUAUGGUACUGAUAGUGAUGAUGUUGAAGUCCCAUUAAUUCAAGGUUACAUGUAUUUGAAAGUUGAUCAUCCAGAUGCAAACCAUUAUUCCAUCCCAUUAUCAUUUUCUCCAGUUUUUGAGCUAUUAAGUAAAAAAUUCGUUAGAAUGGAUUUCUUACCAGCUGGUUUUGAUGAGAAAACUAUUGGUACUCAACCAUGGUUAGAAGUUAAAGCUGUUGAAUAUCAUCCAGAUUUGAAUGGUGAAUCCACUUUGAGAGACAUCAAACCAUUAAUUGUUCAACAACCAGAAGGUGCCUCAUUCACCAUUGAAGGUAGUAAAGUCAAAUGGCAAGGUUGGGAAUUCAGAGUUGCAACUAAUGCAAGAGAAGGUGUUGUUCUAUAUGAUGUUCACUUCAAAGGACGUUCUUUAUUCUACAGAAUUGCAUUGAAUGAAAUGACUGUUCCUUAUGGUGACCCAAGAGCUCCAUACCAUCGUAAACAAGCUUUUGAUUUAGGUGAUUGUGGGUUUGGUGUCAAUGCUAAUCAAUUAUCAUUAGGUUGUGACUGUCUUGGUGUUAUCAAAUAUUUGGAUACUUUAAGAGUCAACAGAGAUGGUGAACCAGUCCUAUUGAACAACACUGUUUGUAUUCAUGAACAAGAUUAUGGUAUCUUAUUUAAGCAUAUGAAUUACAGAAAUGGUAACUCAAUUGUCACCAGAAGAAGAGAAUUUGUUAUCCAAACUAUUGCUACUGUUGGUAAUUAUGAAUACAUUAUUAACUUUGUUCUUGAUCAAGUUGGAGCUAUUACUGUCCAAGUUAGAGCUACUGGUAUUUUAAGUACUAUGCCAAUUGAACCAGGUGUGGUUGUUCCAUGGGGUACAAACAUUGGUGAUGGUGUUAUGGCUGCUAACCAUCAACAUUUACUUUCAUUCCGUUUUGAUUGUAGAUUGGAUGGUGAACAAAACACUGCUUGUUAUGAUGAUUAUGUUCCAAUGGAAGAAAAUACAAGUUUGAAUCCAUAUAAUGUUGGUUAUGUUGGUAAGAGAACUAUCCUUGAAAAAUCUGGUCAUAUUGAACAAUCACCAUUCACUAAUAGAACUUACAAAGUUAUUAAUGAAAAUGUUAUUAACAGAGUCACUCAAAAACCAGUUGGUUAUAAAUUUGAAAUGCCAGCUAGACAGAUGAUGAUUGCUUCACCAAACUCUUACAAUACUAAAAGAGCCAAAUUUGCUACUAAACAAUUUUGGGUCACUAAAUAUCAAGACGAUCAAUUAUAUGCUGCUGGUGAAUUCACUAAUCAAAGUCGUACAGAUACUGGUUUAUCUAAAUGGGCUAAUGGUGAAGAUUCAGUUAGAAAUACCAAUGUUGUUGUUUGGCCUACUUUAGCUUUAACACAUCCACCAAGCACUGAGCAAUUCCCAGUUAUGCCAUCAGAUUUCAUGCAAUUCUUGGUUUCUCCAUCUUCAUUCUUUGAAAGAAAUCCAGCUCUUGAUGUUCCAUUAGCUACCAACAGUUUCAACAAAUCUAAAUAUUAUGAACAAGGUGCUCAAGAACAAGAUAAAUCCUGUUGCAAAACCAACCUAUGAUUAAGUUUCCUUUUUAUCUGCACUUUCAAUUCUUUCUGUAUCUCAUAUUAUUUAUAGACUUCAUAUUCCAAUAUACUGAUUAAUUUUGUGAUUUAAUGUAGACAGCAAUAAUAUCAAGCUGACUGACUCUUCCUUAUAC